AUAUAAUUUCACAAUUUUUAAUUAUUUUGGUAUACGCACAUUGGCUAAAUGUGUAGGAAAAACCGAACCAACAAGUGUAGGGAGAAUUAAAAAAAAAUGACAGAUGUCACUUUACACUUGUCAUUUGUCAGAAAUCGGAAUAAUUCGGUCAUGUAAAUUGUUUCAUUUAUUAUAAAUGUGUACAUGAAAUUAUGCAUAUUUUGUUAUAAAACAAGUUGCAUAUGAGUUAGUUUACUACAAUGGCUAAACGGAAGGCAGGGGUAAACGAUAUAAUUUAUGAAUUAGAUAAUGAGGACAUUGACUCUAGUAGUGAAGAUGAGGUUAAACAACCCAAAAUUGUUCGUUUAGAGGCAGAUACAACUCCAAAGUCUUCCCAGAGUGACGUGAUUAUUGAGGAAAGUUGUACUGAUGUUAUUAAUCUUAAUAGCUCCUUCAAGGAUGGGACACAAACACCGCCAAAUAACGACGUAAAUAUUGGAGGGAAAACUUCGGACAACUUAGAUGUUGUUGAUGCGAAACAGACUGAAUUAGAUGUUAAGAACGUAACUACCAAUAAGAAAAGUACAGUAUCUAAUGAAGAUAUAACAUUGGUGACGCCAUCUCUUACAUCUAGAGAGAGCGACGCGAAGAAACGCGGCAGACUUCCAUUAUUAACAGUUCAUUUUAGAGACAGCAAACUGGCUUGUUAUAAGAAAGAGAUAAAACAAUUCUUAUUGAAUUUAAUCAAACUUCAUGAUAGUGAUGCAUUGGAUGAAUUUGAUAAUGAUGCAGAUUUAGAGCUAGAUAUCUGGCCAGAAGACCUACAUGAUGCAUCACAAAAUAGUACAGAGGCCGCUGACAAUAAUUUCUUUUUUGUGGAUACAGAUCCUAGUUCUUCUAAGCUUGAUAGCGUACCCACAUAUAGACAGACCUCAAAAUUAAUGACAAAUGCACCUGUGAAGGAACCAACCCCUCCUCCGAUAGCACGGAGGCAUUUACUUUGCUUCAACUGUGAUGGUUGCCACAACUUGAGAGAUUGCGUCUUACCUAGAAAUAAUGCAAGAAUAGCUGAGAAAAGAAAGUUUAUGAUAAAACCUGGUCGAUACCAUGUUGAGGAUGAGCAGAGGUAUGGCCACCUGGUUCCCGGCAGGAUAUCCGGUGCGCUGCGACAUGCACUCGGGCUGAGUAGACACGAGCUACCCUUGCACAUCUAUCGCAUGAGAAUCCUGGGCUAUCCGCCUGGUUGGCUGGAAGAAGCCAGGAUAUCACACUCGGGGAUUUCAAUGUUUGAUUCUAAAGGAAAUGCAAUUUUAGAUCCAGAUGAGGAAGAGGGGGAGAUUUGCGAAACAGGUUCUAAAGACAAGUUUGAUAUAAAGAAGAUUCUAGAUUUUCCAGGAUUUAAUGUCCCUGCUAGUCCACAAUACAGAGAGGAAGCACAUUUAUAUGACUUACCACCCAUGUCGGAUCAAGACAGCAAGUUACUGAUGUUGCAAAUGCUGGCACCCAAUGCCAUGAAGGCAUACAAACGUAAGAAGCUUACAUUGUCCGCCACCGGCACCACCAGCCUGCCACUCGAGGGACAAGCAGAGAUGGACCUCGACAAUGAAGAUGAAAUGGCAGAAUUUCCUUCAGUCCCGCCGCUGCCCGACGAAGCUCCGCCUCCGCCGCCCCCGCUACCGCCAUCCUCCCCGCCUCCUCUACCGCCAUCCUCCCCGCCUCCGCUUCCCACCCCCUUGAAUAGUUCAUCCCCUCCCCCACCCGCGUCACCUCCGUCCCCCGCUAUAGUUCCGAAACUGACCGUACCCAAUACAGUAGCCCCAAAAACUGAUGCCAAGACUGAUUCAAUAGAUGAUGAUGUCGUAGUAUUAGGUGUUAUGCAAGUAAAAGAUAUACCACUGCCAGAAGCUGAUUUUCUUGUUAUUGAUGAGACUAACUCAUCAAAGUCAAACAGUGGCGGCGGCAGUCCAAGUCUUAACGACCUGGAAGCUAAGAAACGUUUGCUGUUAGACGCUUUAGGAGAAGACGAACCGGAAAACACUGCGUUCGUCAAUAAUAAUACGUCCGAAGGAAUUGAUCUUGAAAGUGAUUCAGAAAAAGAUAUCGCAAAUAAUAGCAGUGCAAAUAAAAUUGACAUGGAUGACAGUGACGUCCUUGAAAUAAAUGUAUCAAACAUAACUGAUAUCGAAAUUAGUAAUAGCGACAAUGCUAGUCCAAAUUCGACGCAGAUAAACGACGAAAAGAAUACCAGCACUUCGGGAAUAAACACAUCAUUGAAUAGAUCAACCGGCCACGUAAAAACUACACAAUAUGGCACUCCAGUAAUGAACAUAGCAUCUCCUUACGAGAAAUUACCGAGCGACGUUAAAUUUGCCAAGGAUAUCUGCGACGUAAUAAACUUUGAAAACUUACCUAAUUCUACAGGAAAUUACCAAAAAAUGUGUUCGUUAUUGAAGAAAGUUAAAAAUGAAGUGGACAGGAUCCAAGACUCUUGAUCUAGGCGUGCCUCUUUCAAGAGGUAAUCAUUGGCAUUUCUUUUUAAUAUAUUGCAAUUGGACAUUAAAAAAGUGACAUUAUAUUUUUAUACUGAUGAAAAAAGUGUACAUUUAAUUUUAUAAUUAUGUUGUAUGGUACUUGGUUGGUCUCUCGUGAAGUCUAUUAGACUCCAUGGUUUCGUCUCUUGCUGGCAUCCAGCUGUAAUGUGUACUGUUGUAUUUUAGUUGUAGAUAUUUCACCAAAGUAGUGAAGACCACUUUUUUUUUUCUAAACGGUGCAAUGAUGAGGCAGUUUAAUACUACAUACACUUUUUAGUUUGAUGCCGCCUUAUUUUGGAUAGUAACACCAAUACGAAUUAAAUCCCUGAUAAGUCUAUGGACCACCUACUUUACUCAAUGCGACUUGUGGAGAGCAUACAAUGAUUUGCCCUCAUUACUUGAUUUGAGACUUACCAAUUACCCUCUUACCAAUAAACCUUGAAUGUCAAUAAAACUAUUAAAAAUAUUAAGUGAUGAUGAAUGUUCACUGCGGUCUACGCACUUGUAUUUUACACCACACACCAAAAGAAACCGACAUGGGUGUUUGAGUACACACCUUAUAAAACAGAGCGCUACAGCUGUGCGGCAAAAUAAUAUACAUCCACUGUGUUUUAUAGUCGUUUUGGUACCAAAAUUUGGUUACUUAGAACAAUUUGUAGGACCAAAAAAUAGUGAUUAAUUGUACUGUUGAUAAUAAAAAAAAUAGUUUUUGAUAAUAUUUUUCAUAAAAAAUAUAAAUUCGGUAUUGUUUUUCAUUGGUUCGAGUUUGAUAAUGAUAGUAACGUCGCGACAAUUAAUUCAUGGUUAUGAAAGGCACCGAUCGUAGUGAUCGUAGUAGUACGUGAGAUUUAGUUGCAUCAUUAUGAGUUCUCAUUUAUUAUUCGUAAACAUAAAUGAAAUGUUUAUAAAAAAAAUAUUAUUUUAUUUAUUACAUUAAUAUUUUUUGACUCUAUUAUUGAUACAGAACUUAAAAUAAUCGGUUCUAAAACGAUUAUAAAAUCACGGUGUAUAUUACACAUAUAUUGUUUUGUGUAGUCGAUGCGAACAAGCUGCUGUACUAGCCGCACUUAGUGCUAAUUUUCACACACCGGGUGAAGUUGUACCAGUUGAUUAUUCACUUACCUUCGCAAUCUCAAAAUGAGUGUGCUACACUGCCCUGUAACUUAUGGUGGUGCGCAGUGGAGGUAUUGUUUACAACAAACAGGCAUUUUACCACCAGGCAAGCGGCUUGCUUGCCUUAGUUGUUUAGUUGUAUAAAAAAUAUCGAGACUAGUAUUUGUAAGUUUGUCGAUGUAUCAUAUUUGUAAUAAAAAUAAUUGACACUGA